GCGCGCGCCGCCGACGUCGUCCGGUUUUUUCGCGUCAUGCCUGCGUCUUUCUCCCGACCUUCCAUCUUCCGGCUGCGAGGACACGGCCCCGGACGACGGCGACGACGACAAUGGCAGCCUACACCCCGCGCUACAUACCCCAGCACUCGCUCGAAAACCUCAAGAAGUACUCAUAUAAGGGGGUGGACAAGUCGUUGCUGUCGCAGUAUGUCCUCAAUCCGUUCUGGAACUGGUUCGUCACGCUCUGGCCGACGAGCGUGGCGCCGAACACGAUCACGUUCUCCGGCCUCUGUCUCGUCGGAUUCAACUUCCUCACGAUGCUCUAUUACGACCCCCAAUAUCUUACGAUGAAGGAGGGAGGGAACGUGCCGCCGAACUGGAUCUACUUCACCUGGGCCGCAGGUCUCUUCUGGUACCAGGCUUUCGACGCGAUCGAUGGCAAGCAAGCACGCCGGACAGGCAUGGCAGGGCCGCUGGGGGAGAUGUUCGAUCAUGGCUGUGACGCGUUGAACACCACUCUCGAGGCGCUCUUGACCUGCUACGCGCUGAACCUGGGCCGCUCGUGGUGGACGGUUGCCUCGCAAAUCGCUACGCUCGCCAAUUUCUAUCUUACGACAUGGGAAGAAUACCAUACGGGCCAACUAUACCUUGGCGUCUUCUCCGGCCCCGUCGAGGGCAUCAUAAUGAUUGUUUUCCUCUACAUAAUAACCGGAUUUUAUGGCCCUACCUUCUGGGAUACCGGCAUCCUCACCGUCGCCAACCUUGAGAACGUGCCUCCCUUCGAUCGCAUUCCCAACAUCGGCCUCAACGAAGCCUUCAUGUACUUCGGCGCCGUCGGCCUCGCUUUCAACAUCUUCACGAGCUAUGGGAACGUCCUCAAGGCCGUCCGCCACACCAACGCCUCGCGCUGGCGCCCGAUGCUCUACCUCAUGCCGUUCCCCGUCAUGGCAGGGGUGCAGGUCGCGUGGCUCGCGAGCCCCGCGCCCGCCGACGUGCUCGCCGCCUCUCCGGACACGACGCGCAGCAUGAUCAUGCACUCGCAUGCGUUCGUCGCGUUCAUCUUGGCCUUUGGGCUGCAAUUUGCGCACCAGGUAGGGCGGAUGAUAUUGGCGCAUGUGACGAAGGGGGACUUCCCCUGGUUCGACUGGAUGUGGGCGUGGACAGUGCUGGGAGCGGUGGACGCGAACCUUCCGAGGCUUAUUGGACGCGCGCCGCUGAUUCAGACCACGCCCGAGCGGACGGCGCAGUUCGUGUACUUCACACUCACCGUGUCCGCCGCGCUCUACGCGCGCUUCGUCACCCUCGUCAUCCGCGACAUCACGAACUACCUCGGCAUCGCGUGCUUCUCAGUCCAGCGCCGCGACGUCGACGGCGCAUGGCACGACGCGCGCGACGUGAAGGCGCACGAGAUGAAGGCGGCCGGCGCCAAGGAGCCCAGGCCAUACGAGAAGGAGGGAAAAGCGCCCCAUGUACGCGACGCGAAGACGGUUAAGCGCGACUGAAUUUACGAGCAUCGAGCGCGGGACUGAUUGUUGUUUGUUGUACGAUAGCUGCUGUUGCCGCCGCCGCCGCGCUCGCCGGCGGGGAAGACGUGGACGCUUGUACUGCCUUUGUAGAGCCC